CUCACCAGGAGAAGGGCGUUUGGGUUGUUUCCCGUAUUUGGCGACUGUGAACAGAGCUGCUAGAAACAUCUCCAUGCAGGUCUUCUGUGUGAACAUCCUGAAAUAUUUCCAGCUGUUCUUAACAGACUGGUGUUAGGACCCAGGAAGACACGGCAGCGGCGGGAUAUAAAUAGAGAAACAGAACAGAACAAAGUUUGCGGAGAGAGCCUGACAUCACCCCGCCUCGCCCUGCGCCCCAGCAGCUGGGGAGGGCAGUGGAGCCGUCGGCGGGAGCCCAGCUUUCAGCAGAAAGAGGGAGAAGUCCGGUUCCAGACCCGGAUUCGGACAAAGGAACACUCUCGAAGUCAGAAGAAAGCACGGACGGGCCAGCCUGCUCUCUCUGGGCACAGACGGCAGGGACGGGGCUGGGCUGCCGUCCCCGGGCCGCGGGGGACUGUCCACUUCUCGCCGUGCUGCCCUCCGCGAUGUGUCCACGGAUCGCCCACGAAGCUCCAGUUUUGAGACAGGGAAGAAACCCCCACUAACCCUCCAAGCCAGCGCGCUUUCUUUAAAGAGACAUCACAGAAACGGAUUUGCUUUCUCCCUGGGAGCUGUGAAAAUGCCUCUUGGCCAAGGAAGGGCAAGUUAAACAAGGAUGCUUCACCGCAGACCCUCAGGAGUCCUCCGGGCCCAGCGUGACCUCGGGGACGCCAUGAGGAUGCUGCUGGCUCCCUGCUGGUGCUCCUGGCUGCUGCUGUUUUCCCGUGGAUUCCAGGUGCACGGCGUCCACUCCGCGACCCGACACCACCCAGGGUUUGAAGUCUUGGCUUCUGCUUCCCAUUACUGGCCACUGGAAAACGUGGACGGAAUCCGUGAACUUCAGGACACGACUGGAGUUUCCUCUGCCCUUGACUAUAUCAAAGGGCUGACAGAUUCAGUAAGAGCUUGCCUGUUCAGCAACCCAGCACAUGCUCAGAAAGCCUCUGCACCGGUUUUGGCGUUCCGAACCCACAACCUCACUGUGCUCCCCUCCCAUAACUCCACUUCUGUGUAUGCCAAUGACUCUGCCUACUCUAACUUCUCUGCGACUGUAGAUAUCGUAGAAGGAAAGGUCAACAAGGGAAUUUAUCUCCGAGAGGAAAAAGGUGUCACCCUCCUGUAUUAUGGAAACUACAAAAAUUCUUGCAUCAGUAAUCCAACGCAGUGUGGUCCCGAGGGAGUCACGUUUUCUUUCUUCUGGAAGACGCAAGGACAGCAGUCGAGGCCGAGCCCCUUUGCGUAUGGGGGGCAGGUCGUUUCCAGCGGGUUCAAGGUCUGCUCCAGUGGAGGCAGAGGCUCCGUGGAGCUGUACACGCGGGAGAAUUCCAUGACGUGGGAGGCCACCUUCAGCCCUCCAGGCCCAUACUGGACCCAUGUCCUGUUCACCUGGAAAUCCAGGGAGGGGCUGAAGGUCUACGUCAAUGGGACCCUGAGCACCUCCGACCCGAGUGGGAAAGUGUCCCACGCCUACGGGGACCCCAGCGCCAGCCUUGUCCUCGGGUCUCAGCAGGAACGGAGCAAGCCCUCCGAGAACGGAGCUUUUGACGAGUUCAUCAUCUGGGAGCGGGCCCUGACUCCCGAGGAGAUCGCCAUGUACUUCACGGCGGCCGUGGGAAAGCACAUCAUAUCACCUUCGAUGCCACCAAGCCUCCUCGUGACUCCCACAGCAAACACCGUAAUGCUGACAGAUGCCUACCAUCCCAUCAUAGCCAAUCUGACAGAAGAGGAGAAAAGCUUCCAGAGCCCCAGAAUUGUACUGCGCUACCUUCAAAACAUGUCCCUCAGCUUACCCAAUAAAUCCCUCUCGGAGGACACCGCACUGAAUCUCACCAAGACCUUCUUGAAAACCGUGGACCAGCUGUUUCUACUGCCCAAUUGGAGCGUUGUGUCAGAGGACAAGGCCGCGGUGCUGGGCCUGAUCCGCACCAUCGACACUGUCCUGGGGCACAUCUCCUACAACCUGCAGGCCGCCGGGGCGCCCAUCUUCUUCACAGGCUCCUGGCCUGCGGCAGAGUUCUCGGUGGCCCAGGUCCUGCCUGAAGUCAACUCCUCCUGGUUCCGCUUCCCAGCCCAGGGCCACAGCUACAUCGAGAUCCCGCAGGAGGCCUUCCACAGCCCAGCAUGGACCACCGCCGUGGGCCUCCUCUACCGCUCAGUACACUGCUACCUGCACGGCAUCCAGCCAGCCGACACCAGGAUUGCUGAGGCAGCGAAUUACGAAAAGUGCUUGAUGUCGGCAGCCAGUUACCUCAUUUCCCUGGAGGUGUCACCCCCGCCCACGCUGUCCCCGAAUCUGUCGGGCUCUCCACUGGUCACCAUCCGUCUCGAGCACAGAUUGACUCCGCGCCAGUACCUGGAGGCCACCAACGAGACCAACCGGGUCUUCCUCUACUGCGCCUUCCUGGACUUCAGCUCCAGAGGAGGCGUCUGGUCGAACCAGGGCUGUGCCCUCGUGGAGGGGAACCUGAGCUACUCGGUGUGCCGCUGCACCCACCUCACCAACUUCGCCAUCCUGAUGCAGGUGGUCCCGCUGGAGCUCACGCGUGGACACCAGGUGGCGCUCUCGUCCAUCAGCUACGUGGGCUGCUUGCUGUCCGUGGUCUGCCUGGCCGCCACGCUGGCCACCUUCGCCAUCCUCUCCUCCGUCAGCACCAUCAGGAACCAGCGCUACCACAUCCACGCCAACCUGUCCUUCACCGUGCUCGUGGGCCAGGUCCUGCUGCUCGUCAGCUUCCACUUCAAGCCGGGCACGGUCCCAUGCCGGGUGCUGGCUGUGCUGCUGCACUACUUCUUCCUGAGCGCCUUCGCCUGGAUGCUGGUGGAGGGGCUGCACCUCUACAGCAUGGUGGUCCAGGUCUUCGGGUCCGAGGACACCAAGCACCGCUACUACUAUGGCAUCGGAUGGGGUUGUCCUCUUCUGAUCUGCGUCAUUUCAGUGGCAUCUGCCAUGGACAGUUACGGAGCAAGUGACAACUGCUGGCUGUCCCUGGGCAGCGGCGCCAUCUGGGCCUUCGUCGCCCCCGCCCUGCUGGUGAUUGUGGUCAAUGCCGGCAUCCUCAUUGCCGUGACCAGGGUCAUCUCACAGAUCAGCGCCGAGAACUACAAGAUCCACGGGGACGCCAGCGCCUUCAAGUUGACGGCCAAAGCCGUGGCCGUGCUGCUGCCCAUCCUGGGGACCUCGUGGGUCUUUGGCGUGCUUGCUGUCAACGAGCAGGCACUGGUCUUCCAGUACGUGUUUGCCAUCCUCAACUCCCUGCAGGGGCUCUUCAUCUUCCUCUUCCACUGUCUCCUGAACUCAGAGGUGAGAGCCGCCUUCAAGCACAAGACCAAGGUGUGGUCCCUGAGCAGCACUUCCGCCCGCAGUGCCAACGCUAGGCCCUUCGGCUCCGACGUGGUGAACGGGACCCGGGCCGGCCCUGGCUCCACCAAGCUCGGCCCCUGGGACAGGAGCAGCCACUCCGCCCACCAGGGGGACCUGGCCUCCCCGUGAGCAGAAGCCCUCCCGGCGGCCGGGACCGUGGGCCCGCGUGG